AAUUUCCCUCAACCAUUAUCAUAUUGAAUGAAUGAUGGCAUCCGAAACUAUUAAAGAAAAAUUUGUGGAACUACAAAAAUCAAAGCAAAUAUCCCAAAAUUCAAGACCGAAGAUACAAAGGGUGCUAAAGUCUCUCAGAAAUAGAAAAAACUUUGAGAAGCAUUACUCACCCAAGUGUGUGUCAAUAGGUCCUAUUCAUCAUCAGAACACAAAUCUGAUAUUAGCAGAGUAGUACAAACUUAUGUGGGCAGCAAAAUACAUAGAAAACACCGGACACAUUCCAGAGGAUCUACACAAAAAGAUUGCUGAUAACAUUGAUGAACUGAAGGGUCAUUUUGACGACGAUGUUUUAGCUUCAACCAGAUGGUCUCUUGCAGGCUUUCGUAGCCUUGAAGAAAAGCUGUCGUGGAUGUUGUUCGUGGAUGGAUGUUCUUUGCUGUAUAUCUUGGAGAAAGCGGAUCUUAAUAAACCAUGGCACAUGAAUAUUAGGGUUGAUCAACUGGUUCUUGUGAUGAUGGAUGUGCUUUUGUUGGAGAAUCAACUUCCUUAUCAAGUACUCAAGCUAUUGUGGACAGAUGAAGACGAGAGUGGAUUGAUAGAAAGCAUGAUGAAUUUCGUCGACGGUCAUCAUUGGGCCACACCAGAUGAGUCCCAGUCAAAGACACCCUUUCAUCUUCUUGAUCGUCGGCGUAAUAUCAUCCUCAUUACAUCUACAACCAAGAUUAAAAACAAUAAAGCUUACAAAGAGAAAUGGAGUAAGAAGCGUUCAGAUGAAAAGCUCAAGAUGAUAUACUCGAACAUAAAAGAUCUAAAAGCAUUAGGAAUAAGACUUAAGUCAAGCAAGAGACGAAGGCCAAGAGACAUAGAUUUCUCCGAAGGAUGGUUCACUGCAGAACUAACUCUUCCCGAGAUCGUUGUGGACAACAUAUCAGCCGCUACUUUCCUCAACCUGAUAGCAUAUGAGAUGUGUCCAGAUUUUGACAACGAUUACGGAAUUUGUUCUUUUGUAUCUUUUAUGGACUCACUUAUCGACCAUCCUGAAGAUGUGAAGGAAAUGAGAUCAAAAGGGAUUUCGCUCAAUUCCCUUGGGAGUGAUGAGGAAGUGGUUGAACUUUUCAAUAUCAUAAGUACUGACUUGGUACCUAACACAGAAACAUAUUUUGAAGUUAAAGACAAAAUGCUUGAUCAUUACUAUAAAUACAGGACUUGGAUAGUGCGGGGUUAUUACACUUACUUCAGGAUUGCUGCAUUUAUCGCCCUUGCUCUUACUUUCAUUCGGACAGUGUUUACAAUUUACCCGGCUUUCAAAAAAGAUGGUUAGUUAUGACAAUGUUGUUUUCGUUAUGGAACUUCUCUAUGGAUUGUAUACCUUCUUGAGUCUUGACAAUGAGUAUUUAAAAAAUGCGGAGCAUUUUAUUUUUAUUUUUUUGUGCUAUGUAUAAGAAUUGAAACAUGAACUUUCAUAUUUCAAGUUAAUUUAUUCAAAUUAUUAUUCUCAUAAA